AUCGGAAUGAUCGAAGAAAACUUGACUUUCAAAGUUUUCUUUCACGAAGAUGACACGGAAACACCUAUCUUUAUAGAAACUAUUACUUUAUUUGGCGAAACGUAUGACGUUGCUGUUGACAUUAAUUAUGCAAAUCCAAUUGAUUUAAAAUGCGUGAAGGUUGGUUUUCCUACGAGCGCAAAUUUUACAAUAAACAAUCGAGGAAAUCAUGAAGUUAAAUAUGCAAAUAAACAAGAAUUUACCACUAUGUUAAAAAUUGGUUUCUUUACUGUGACAAAAACCGAAGGAGACCUUCAGCCUGGAGAGAUCGAUACCGUGGCAAUUGAAUGUUAUCCUGAAUUCGUAGGUUCUCAAGAAGAAAACAUAAUAAUUCUCGUUCCUGAUAGCGUUCCCGAAGAUAGAAAUGGCAAAUUGAUAAAAUUAUCCGUUAAUUCCUGCAUACCAAGUGUCAAUCUUCAAGAUCUCGACACUAUAUUCCAUGAAAAUCAUAUUGUGAAUCACAUUGAAGACUUUAUUUGUUCAAAAGAAAUCGGUACACAUACCAUAUUCGCACGUCAAGAGAAAUGCCUGUACUUCCGUUACGUCAGUGUGUUUCACACUCAUACGGCAUACCUUGUACUUUACAAUCGAAAUGUAAUACCUGCCGAUGUAAAAUUGACCUUAAUCACGGAUUCAUUUACACCGAAAACUAUGAGAUCUGAUACUUUCGUUCUGAUACCCGAAAGAGAACGCAUUCAACCAAUGAGUCACAAGAGAUUCGCGAUUUCAUUCAAUCCGACGUUUAUAGAGACAUGUUAUGCAAUCUUCGAUGUAGCAGUCGAACUUCCCCCGCAUUUGAAGGAUGAAAAAUUUUCCGUUAAAUUAGUAGGACAAGCUUGCGUGCCAGAAGUGACAAUCAUCGAACCACCGAGCACAAAACGAGAACGAACUGUUUUAAAUUUUGGUCGUACACUUACGUGUCUCGAAUGUACAGUCUGUGCAAUUGAGCUCGCCAAUUCCGUGAAAGAAUCAUCAUGGGACGAUCGAGAGACACAGGUGCGAUGGGUAACAAUAAAUUCGGAUGCCAAGGAGCCAAAUGCAGAAAUAGCUAAAAAAACAAUUGAGCCUGUUAACGAGCCGAAACAUGAAAUCAUUCCUGGUACGAUGAAGUGCAUCCAAGUGUUACUUAACGCCAUCGUAGCAUUUUCCCAAUAUUCUUGCUCCGUUAAAGAAAUCAAUUUCAAGAACACGCUAAUGUUUCAGAAUUUUAUCGAGGUUAAACCAACUGUUCGCUGUCCAUCCGAUCUCUUCAGCAGCAGUGCCGGAUUGACGGAACGAAGUAGCGAUAGCUGGUUAGAGAGCGACGAUUUACCUUUUGAAAUUUAUCCCGAGAAGGGAAUUUUACUCCCGGGUGAAUCUGUGGAAUGCAUCUUGAGAUUCUCUCCUAUGGACGUGUUCGAUUACAAAGCGUAUCUUGCAUGCAAAAUGGAGAAUCUCGAGCUACCAGAGUUGAUUAUUCCCAUCAUCGGAAGAAGUUUGUUGCCAUACUGUCACUUCGACAUAUCGGAAAGUGACUAUCUGUCCAGCGGUAGACGCGACAUGAAACUGCCUGGACCCAUCGGUUAUCAACCGGAUGAUAAUUCUCUUCCGGAGGGCACGAGAGUGAUUGAGCUCGACGUGAUCGGAAUCAGCGGGUCUCAUUUAAAAAAAUUCCGAAUGAUAAAUCCGACAUCAGAUGAUUAUCAUUUUAUCUGGGAAGAUCGUACUCAUCACGUCGAAGACGAGAUUCCAAAAUUUCAUUGUGCACUUCCGGAAGGAAUCGCUGAGAGAGGAAAACAAGUCGACUUCGCAUUUACGUUUCUCGCAGAGAAUAUCGGCACUUUCGAAUCUUUUUGGUUGUUCCGCGUUGAAAAAUAUAAUCUGGAGUAUCUCUUUUUAUUCGUCGCGACGGUCAGAGAACCAUCGAUUUGUUGUCUUCGUGUCCAUUUAAAAAUGAGGCCAACCGUAAUAGGCGUCAAUGUGCGAGAAUCGAUAAGCAUCAUCAAUAAAGAGAAAUUUCAGAUUCCCUUUCAGAUCACGCGAGACUCUUUAUAUUCUGAAGGAUGUCUUCAAUAUUUGAAAAUAACGCCCAUAAAUGGCAUUUUGCCUGCAAAAGGCGAACAAAUAUUUUGGAUCGAAUAUCAGCCUACACUUGUUGGCGAAUUUCAAUUUUCUGUAAAAUGCAUUAUAAAAGGAAUGAAGACACCAUUGACUAUAUUUAUUACAACGAUAACAUACGAUAUUAUUGUUUCGGUUACAUAUGUCGAUCAGAACAGCCAGAUAGUUCAAUUAAAUCAAGAUAAAGAGAAUAUUAUUGAUUGUGGAAAAUUAUUGUUAAAAGCGCCCAUUACUAUCGUGUUUGAAAUAAUAAACUCGAGCAAAAUGACGCUUUAUUAUUCUUGGGAUCUUGGAAUGACAUCAGAAAUAAUUAGCAGAAAUAUAUACACGAUUGUAAUGCCUCAAAAGCAGGACCAUGUGCUUAGCAAAUCACGUUCCAUCUGUUCUCUCAUUGUUACAGCAUUACAAAAGACGAUGAUAAAGAAUCAUCCUAUUCUCUUGAAGAUUUCCAGAGGGCCGACCUAUCGUCUAAUCUUAAAAGCGACGGCAAACAAACCAAUUUUAGAGUUUAGUUUUAAUUAUUACGACUUUGGACCUUGCUAUAUUCGAGAUGUUUCUGCGACUCCUUAUCACGUCGAUUUACGCAUUACGAAUUCAGAUGAUGUUUCGUACAUACUGGAGUGCAAGUUUGAAGAGAAACCACACAUCUCUGUAAAUCUGGACGCUCUUUCAGAGAAAAUAGUCGCUCGAUCAAGUAUUAUAAUUCCGAUAAUAUUUCGACCUUUGGAACAGGUGCACUAUCACGAUGAUUUACAUUUUAUAAUCAAUUCGACGAUCGAAAAAAAAAUUACUAUAACUGGCGAGGGAAUUAUAUAUAAGAUUCGUUUAGUAAAUCCAUGCGACAAAUCGGUGAAUCUUGGUAGCCUACUGAUUAACAAAACAACAAGCAGAAAAGUGCCAGUGAUCAAUGAUGGACGUGCUGCACUCGAAUUAAAGUUCGAUCUCAUAAAGAAUCUACCUGGAUAUGAUCUAUUUCAUGAAAGAAUUCAAAAUUGUCCAUUGAUCAAUCAGGAGAACUCCAAAAUGGAUCGCACUCAAGCUUCGAUAACUGAAAUAAAACGUUCGAAUACUCUUGACGAAACUCUUCAGAUGGAACCUAAUUUGUCUCAAGUUCUGGAGAUCGAGCCGGCAGAAUCAAUCGUACUUCAGCCAGGGAAAAUCGCGAAUAUUGUCGUAAAAUACAAACCUAUUCACAGGAUGCACCCUUUUGUCGUUAAGGUGGCUUUUCAAACCAAUUCUACGAUCCAACCGUUAUUUAUUUUGCGCGGAAGCUGUAUAGGCGCGGAAUUCCAUUUGAACAGGACUUAUGUGCCUUUCGGUAUCGUUGUUCAAGGUUGUCUUAGCGAAGCAAAGAUAAUGUUAUUGAAUACGGGAGAUAUUGGUACCAGAUUCAAGUGGAACACGUUGAAAUUGCCCGAAGACUUUAACAUCGCUCCUGCAACUGGCUAUUGCUCUCCUGGUAUGGACGUCAAUUUCAUUGUCAGUUUCCAACCUAUUCGGCAUGAUAGUUUGAUCGAGGGCAAUAGUACGUUGCUUCUAAAACUGCCGGAUGACAAAGGUUCUUUAGUGUACUGUCUUCGAGGGCUUAGUCUACCUCCACAAGUUCUCCAAAGGAUUACACGUCAAUUUCCGGCAAAGACAAAAUACACUGAAUUAUUAUCUGUUUACAAUUGGCUCAGUAAACAACAACGAUUCGAAUGCCAAAUUGAGAAUAUGAACGGCAAAGAGCCCGUCGAGAAUGUCGAAAUGUUCACUUUUGUCGGCAACAGCAAGAUAGACAUUCCAGCAAAUGGCCAACGAGAUUAUCGCGCAGAGUUUUAUUCCUACAAAGAAUCAAAAUAUAAUUUUAAGGUAACAUUCACUAACGAAGAGGGCGAAUAUCAAUUUUAUGAACUCCAGUAUGAUAUUACAAGACCACAAGAGAUCGAAUCGAUUAAACUGAUCACUGUGGUACGAUCUCCGGUGUGCCAUGCUUUAAAACUUGAUAAUCCAUUUAAGAAGCAGCACGUAACAUAUACGGCAAAAUGUCAGCAUCCCUGCAUCACAAUUCAAGACGUACCAAAGCUCGUAGCACCAUUAUGCAGCGAAAAUAUCAGAAUCAAGUACCACCCUUUACAUUCCGCCGAGGAAAUUACGGUAGCUUUGAACGUCAACUGCGAGGAACUCGGAUUGUUUCCCUACGAGCUGCGAUUGCGAGCGAUACCAGCACCACCAGAGAAAACGACGCGCGUUGAUGCGAUGCUCGGUAGUUCUGUCACUUUUUCCCUGAACAUAAUCAAUCAUGCCGAGAACACUGCAAUAUUCACUAUCAAGGUGAAUAAUGAAUGCUUUACGAUUUCGAAAGACAUCGAGGUGCCGGCGUUGAAAAGUACAUCAUUCGACGUAACUUACGAACCCUGCGACGUCGAAAAUGUCUCUGCUACUUUGACAGCCACAUCUGAGAUUGCCGGCGAAUUUGUAAAAAUAGUGACCAGGUUCCACUCCAUCCACGGUGAGAACAUUCUCCUGUGCGAGGACAGCACGGUCGCGGUACGGACUACGAGCUUUGCCAAUUCGGUGGCCUUCAGCGAGAAACCGUUACAGCCAGGGGAGAUCUUUCUCGUAGAGAUCGAGAAGACUGAGAGAGGAUGGAGCGGACACAUGCGACUGGGUCUCACUUUGAUCGAUCCAGCUUCGGUCAACAACAAUCUGCCUCAAUAUGCAAUGCCCAAUCUGGUUAGAUUAGGCAACACAUGGAUCCUCGCUAUAACUAGGAAUCAAACUAUCUGGGACAAUUUUGAUGGUGGUCUAUCUUCCACAUACACUUCUAUCACAGGACUACCACCAGGAAUACCAGCCAGAGAGAAGAAAUUGGUCACAGAUGGAGUCAACGUGCAAACGUCACGCGGUGUUAUUCCUUUUAAUGCUCUAAAACCAAAUAUAGACGGUUCUUCUCAAUGCAUCCUGCCUACAGAUGCAGGUAGUCGUAUUGGUAUCAUGUAUGUACCGCAGGCCGGUUGUCCUGAUAAAGCAGAAAUGCAUUUUAUCAUUAACGGUGAGGAUCAGGGUGUAUGCGGCAAGGAUAUUCCUUAUAAAGCGGGACCUUUGCGUGCAGUUGUGGAUGUUUACGGUACCACGAAACAAGUUCGAAUAGUUCAAUUGUAUGGAGUAUCAACAUUACAGAGUGCAUGCCGUGAUGCUAUAUUACAAUACACCAAGAGAAACGCAGUCAAUCUGCUCCCUUUGCCAAGACUGCUGAAAGAUUAUCUCUUAUAUCAAUCGCAGUGAGAAUCAGCUCAUUCCGCUUUUGCAUAUGUUAGGAAACAUUACCUGUCAAUUUCUAUAUCUUUUCCCAGUGAUAUCUUCAGUGUUUAUAUAUGCGUAACAUGUAUGUUCUAUUCAUUAUUGAAGACUGCCGAAUCAUGUCGAUUCAAAGCGUUGGUACGAAUAUUCGUUUCUAUAAACAUAUCUUUUCGAAAUGUAUACGAUAGAAAUGAUUGACUACGUUUAACAAUAAUAAUGGAGAAUUCUUUUUGUGCGUUUUGAAGAUUUUUCUGAGGCAGAAACGCUAAAUCAUAACGUGUAUAUAGUGUAACGAAAUGUUGAUCGCUGCAAAAUCGAAAAAUUCAGCGAGAUCAUAUUGAAAGUUUAAAUAUACUAUUAUUUGGAAAUAACAUGGGGCAUAACAAUGCCAUAUAUAUAUAAAAGUUAGAUAUAUUUUCAGGCAGUUACUUUUAUUUUACUUAUAUUUCCUGAUUUCUCUAUUUAUGAGAUAUGUAGAUUAAGUUACA